AUGAUGUCAUUGUGUUGUUUUCUUACAGGUUGUUUUCCUCCACUUGUUACGUGUAUUUCAACUCCAGUCAAUGAAACAGAAAUUUGUGAUGGAGUCAACAGUACUGAUACUCUCCUGUCAGCUGGUCUCUUGGAAGUCCCCUGUAAUAUCAGUCUGGAACAGUACGCUUGCUCUUCGCUGACAUGCUUCACUGCUAAAAACCUGGCUGAACUUCUGAUGUGUCAACUAUCCAGCAGCAGCAGUCACUCAAAGGAGAUCUGGAAAUUGCUUCUCACCAAAACCAAUGAUGUUCUAGAUCAAGCCCUCAUCAUCUUUUCCAAUACGUCUCAGCCAAUCAGAGGUGUGUCUGUGUCCAAUGUGCUGGAUGUGAUUGGUGAGCUGAGAUUGGAGCAGUUCAGUCCUGACCAAUGGAGUGAUAUCGGUUUCAUCAGCAUGUUGUUAGGUCAGACUCUGAGACCGUUUUUACCAUCCACAUCAGCGACUCUACUGAUGUGCCUUAGCCGCAAAAACCUCAGCUGCCCAAUUUACCAGAACAUUCUGGAGGAGUUCAGUUCUCAAUUCUCUCUAAUGGAUGAGACAGAGAGAAGAAACAUGGUGGAAUUUUUCAUCUUGCCCUUCCUCAGAGGAAACACGACAGAUCCGGGCUGUGUGUUCAGUGCUAACACCAACACUGAGUGGCUGCUAAUGAACUUUGGGCCGUUUGCUCAGUUUGUGUCUCUCAGAGAUGUGUUCUCCAUCAACACACACUUUGAUCCUUUGGAGACCCUGGUGUAUCUCUCUCCGGGUCAGAUGGUUGGACUGAUGGUUGAUGAACUUCCUGGUCUUCCAGAGAAAGAUGUGGUCAUCAAUAGAGUGUUUAAUCACCUGCUUGAGUCUCCUGUGGAACGAAGACUUCCAGAAGUUCUAGAAAACCUGCUCUCACGAUCACAGAUGGUCUUUAUUCCGUGCAGCUCCUACAUACUGAUUUUUACAAGACUGUUCCAGGCUUUACCCUUCCUGCCAUCAGAGAUGGUGACUCUGGUCCUCAACACAACUGAAGAACUCAAGCAGAAUGGAGAGAGAGGCUGUUCACUUCCUGAACCUCCAAUAUGUCUAGUCACACCAGUGAAUGCUACAAGAGUUUGUGCAGCAGUCAACAGUAAUGAGCUGGAGACUCUCCUGUCAGCUGGUCUCUUGGAAGUCCCCUGUAAUAUCAGUCUGGAACAGUACGCUUGCUCUUCGCUGACAGGCUUCACUGCUAAAAACCUGGCUGAACUUCUGAUGUGUCAACUAUCCAGCAGCAGCAGUCACUCAAAGGAGAUCUGGAAAUUGCUUCUCACCAAAACCAAUGAUGUUCUAGAUCAAGCCCUCAUCAUCUUUUCCAAUACGUCUCAGCCAAUCAGAGGUGUGUCUGUGUCCAAUGUGCUGGAUGUGAUUGGUGAGCUGAGAUUGGAGCAGUUCAGUCCUGACCAAUGGAGUGAUAUCGGUUUCAUCAGCAUGUUGUUAGGUCAGACUCUGAGACCGUUUUUACCAUCCACAUCAGCGACUCUACUGAUGUGCCUUAGCCGCAAAAACCUCAGCUGCCCAAUUUACCAGAACAUUCUGGAGGAGUUCAGUUCUCAAUUCUCUCUAAUGGAUGAGACAGAGAGAAGAAACAUGGUGGAAUUUUUCAUCUUGCCCUUCCUCAGAGGAAACACGACAGAUCCGGGCUGUGUGUUCAGUGCUAACACCAACACUGAGUGGCUGCUAAUGAACUUUGGGCCGUUUGCUCAGUUUGUGUCUCUCAGAGAUGUGUUCUCCAUCAACACACACUUUGAUCCUUUGGAGACCCUGGUGUAUCUCUCUCCGGGUCAGAUGGUUGGACUGAUGGUUGAUGAACUUCCUGGUCUUCCAGAGAAAGAUGUGGUCAUCAAUAGAGUGUUUAAUCACCUGCUUGAGUCUCCUGUGGAACGAAGACUUCCAGAAGUUCUAGAAAACCUGCUCUCACGAUCACAGAUGGUCUUUAUUCCGUGCAGCUCCUACAUACUGAUUUUUACAAGACUGUUCCAGGCUUUACCCUUCCUGCCAUCAGAGAUGGUGACUCUGGUCCUCAACACAACUGAAGAACUCAAGCAGAAUGGAGAGAGAGGCUGUUCACUUCCUGAACCUCCAAUAUGUCUAGUCACACCAGUGAAUGCUACAAGAGUUUGUGCAGCAGUCAACAGUAAUGAGCUGGAGACUCUCCUGUCAGCUGGUCUCUUGGAAGUCCCCUGUAAUAUCAGUCUGGAACAGUACGCUUGCUCUUCGCUGACAGGCUUCACUGCUAAAAACCUGGCUGAACUUCUGAUGUGUCAACUAUCCAGCAGCAGCAGUCACUCAAAGGAGAUCUGGAAAUUGCUUCUCACCAAAACCAAUGAUGUUCUAGAUCAAGCCCUCAUCAUCUUUUCCAAUACGUCUCAGCCAAUCAGAGGUGUGUCUGUGUCCAAUGUGCUGGAUGUGAUUGGUGAGCUGAGAUUGGAGCAGUUCAGUCCUGACCAAUGGAGUGAUAUCGGUUUCAUCAGCAUGUUGUUAGGUCAGACUCUGAGACCGUUUUUACCAUCCACAUCAGCGACUCUACUGAUGUGCCUUAGCCGCAAAAACCUCAGCUGCCCAAUUUACCAGAACAUUCUGGAGGAGUUCAGUUCUCAAUUCUCUCUAAUGGAUGAGACAGAGAGAAGAAACAUGGUGGAAUUUUUCAUCUUGCCCUUCCUCAGAGGAAACAUGACAGAUCCGGGCUGUGUGUUCAGUGCUAACACCAACACUGAGUGGCUGCUAAUGAACUUUGGGCCGUUUGCUCAGUUUGUGUCUCUCAGAGAUGUGUUCUCCAUCAACACACACUUUGAUCCUUUGGAGACCCUGGUGUAUCUCUCUCCGGGUCAGAUGGUUGGACUGAUGGUUGAUGAACUUCCUGGUCUUCCAGAGAAAGAUGCGGUCAUCAAUAGAGUGUUUAAUCACCUGCUUGAGUCUCCUGUGGAACGAAGACUUCCAGAAGUUCUAGAAAACCUGCUCUCACGAUCACAGAUGGUCUUUAUUCCGUGCAGCUCCUACAUACUGAUUUUUACAAGACUGUUCCAGGCUUUACCCUUCCUGCCAUCAGAGAUGGUGACUCUGGUCCUCAACACAACUGAAGAACUCAAGCAGAAUGGAGAGAGAGGCUGUUCACUUCCUGAACCUCCAAUAUGUCUAGUCACACCAGUGAAUGCUACAAGAGUUUGUGCAGCAGUCAACAGUAAUGAGCUGGAGACUCUCCUGUCAGCUGGCCUCUUGGAAGUCCCCUGUAAUAUCAGUCUGGAACAGUACGCUUGCUCUUCGCUGACAGGCUUCACUGCUAAAAACCUGGCUGAACUUCUGAUGUGUCAACUAUCCAGCAGCAGCAGUCACUCAAAGGAGAUCUGGAAAUUGCUUCUCACCAAAACCAAUGAUGUUCUAGAUCAAGCCCUCAUCAUCUUUUCCAAUACGUCUCAGCCAAUCAGAGGUGUGUCUGUGUCCAAUGUGCUGGAUGUGAUUGGUGAGCUGAGAUUGGAGCAGUUCAGUCCUGACCAAUGGAGUGAUAUCGGUUUCAUCAGCAUGUUGUUAGGUCAGACUCUGAGACCGUUUUUACCAUCCACAUCAGCGACUCUACUGAUGUGCCUUAGCCGCAAAAACCUCAGCUGCCCAAUUUACCAGAACAUUCUGGAGGAGUUCAGUUCUCAAUUCUCUCUAAUGGAUGAGACAGAGAGAAGAAACAUGGUGGAAUUUUUCAUCUUGCCCUUCCUCAGAGGAAACACGACAGAUCCGGGCUGUGUGUUCAGUGCUAACACCAACACUGAGUGGCUGCUAAAGAACUUUGGGCCGUUUGCUCAGUUUGUGUCUCUCAGAGAUGUGUUCUCCAUCAACACACACUUUGAUCCUUUGGAGACCCUGGUGUAUCUCUCUCCGGGUCAGAUGGUUGGACUGAUGGUUGAUGAACUUCCUGGUCUUCCAGAGAAAGAUGUGGUCAUCAAUAGAGUGUUUAAUCACCUGCUUGAGUCUCCUGUGGAACGAAGACUUCCAGAAGUUCUUCAGCUCCUUACCGCUUUCUCUAGUCCUCUCAGCUGUCAAUCCAAUCAGUUAAUAUUCAUGCAACUUGACAACAUCUUGAGAUUGUCACCUGGUGAUUUGGAGCCCAUCAUCUGGGCGAGUGUUUAUAACUUCAGCCGCACAACACCCUCAGGUUGCUCUGUAUUCCCACCUGUGAAUGAGCAGUGUCCAUUGACUCCAUACAACGAGUCUGAGGUGUGCAGUGGAGUGGACAGCUCUGCAUUACAGAAGUACCUGAAUAAUGGAGACACAUCAAAGAUGCUUUGCGAUUUCAGUAUCCCACAAUAUGCCUGUACCCCGGUUUUAAAUGUCAGUGUUGAGCACCUGGUCUCUAUACUGGAGUGUAAGAUGUCUACUGAUGUCACAAGCUCACCUGAGAGCUGGAAGCUCUUCCUGGCCAGAGUUUCACACCUGCUGGACUCCGCCUUCUACAUACUCUCCAACAGGUCUGUGUGGUGGAGCGGUCAAUCUGCCUCUGUUGUUCUGGAUGUGCUGCGAGAGCUCCGACUGGACAGACUCACGGACGAUGGAGUCGUCACCCUGUGGUUCGGCGAGCGUCUCAGACCGCUCCUGCUGUUUCCAUCGAGAACGUUCCUGCAAUGUUUGCGCAGCAGGACUUUCAGCUGCCAGAACUUCCAGAGAGUAGUUGAGGCGUUCAGUGCAGGAUUUCUCCAGAUGGAUCAACUUCAGAAGGAAAUAACAGUGACAGAAUUCAUCUUACCUUUCCUCUCUGAAAGGACACCAGGUGCAGCGUGUGUGUCUAAUGACAGCGCUCUGUGGCUCAUCAGUAACUUUGGGCAGUUUUCAACACUCCUCUCUCUGAAUCAACUGAUCUCACUCAACCCGCAAAUCAACCUGUUGGAGACCCUGGUGUAUCUGUCUCCAGAGCAGUUAGCAAGACUGAUUGUUGGAAAUCUGACUGGUCUUCAGGAGAAAAAUGUGGUCAUCGCUGCAGUGUUCCAUCAUCUGACUGCGUCUCCACAGAGAAUUCCUGAAUUUCUGCUCUUCCUGGUUGAAUUUUCAAAGACGAGCAACAUCUCCUGUCUGUCAUAUCGAGCCAUUUUCCAUCAUCUGGAUCACCUGACCAUCAGUGUGCCAGUGGAUCUGGAGACACAGAUUCUGUGGAGUAAAACAGCUCUGCUGCAGGAUGUGCCACCAGGUUGUGUGAGCUUCAGUGGAGUGUGUGACGUCACACCCGUGAACGAAACGUCAGUGUGCAAGAAUGUCAACAGCUCUGUUGUGUCGGAGUAUCUCAGCUCUUUUCAUGAUGGCAGUCAGCUCUGUGAUUUCAACAUCACACAGUACGCUUGUGCAGAGUUGACAGGUCUGAGCACACAGGACCUCGUGACGGUGUUGUCAUGCGGUCUCAACAGUAACGAAAAUGUAUCAGAGGAGAAGUGGAAACUGUUCACGCUGAAGAUUAACAAUCUGCUGGGUCCCGCCCUCGACCAGCUUGCCACCAUGAAGCUGAAUAAGUCCCACCCCUCCAUGUCAUUCUUGAAUAUGAUUGGAGAGGUGACUCUGAGCACCUUCAGCUCAACCAAUCUGCAAGAUGAUUCGUUCAUCCAGCGCUGGUUUAACGUCAGGCUCCGCCCAUUUUUACCUCAUGCCUCUGAGAAGUUUCUGUCCUGUCUCGCCACCAGAGACUUCAGCUGCGACACCUUCAGGAGUGUCGUUGAGAUCUUCAGUCAGAGUUUUGACGUCAUGUCCACAGAUACACAAGCAAAUGUCUAUGUUGACUUCAUCAAAGUCUUCCUCUCUCUCAACAACACUGCAGGGUGUGUGGACGUCUUGCAGAGCAGCUCUGAUUGGCUGACCAUGAACUUUGCACGUUUCGCUGUUUUCACCUCAAUCAGCGACCUGCAGAUACUCAACCCCAACUUCACUGUGUUGGACACUCUGAGUCUGUUGAGUGUGAGACAGUUAGUGGAGGUGUCCAGCACACCCGGCGUCCUCACCAGCACCACUGCGGUCAACCAGCUGCUGCUCAAUAUACCAGACAAUCAAUUCACUGCAUUCUACACAUCACUGUCUGCUGCUCUACAGUUGCAGGGUGUGUUGCUCGCUCCUCCUGUCCGUGAAGCCUUCCUGCAGCAGGUGUUUGUCAGAGCAAAUCUGACGACAGUAUCAGACGCUCAGCUGGAAGGCUGGAUCCAGAAAAUUCUGCCUCCAUUCGUACAAGACAUCACAGUCCAACAGACCACACAAUACUUCAGCAUUAUACAGCAGAGACCCUGCUCCAUCAGCCAGCAGGGGGUUCAGCUGCUGAACUUGUCUGUCUCCACCUUCCAGCCCGCAACACAAGAUCAGAUUUACCAACAAAUCCUCAGCUCUUUACAAGGGCCCAACCCGCUGCGUUGCUAUGGUAACCAGAGUUACUACUCCUUCCUGGUGUCGUCCUUCAUGAGUUUCCAGUUCCCGAAUCUGAGCACGUUCCUGUCGCUGAUGCCUCCUGCUCGAGUGUCAGAGCUGUUGGCUUCAUUGUCUCCAGCGGAGGUCAGUAGCCUCCUGAACCGUCCAAACGCUGUGGACGAUGUAACUAAACUCUGCGAGCUUCUCACAAACUACCCAAAAACAUCACAGUACUUACAGAUGGAGCGGGUGGGUUCUGUCAGUUUGGCCCAGCAGGUGUUGUCCUGUGUGUGGUCUCGGGUUCUGAAGGUGGACGUCCAGUCUGAAGUGGAUCAGUGGUUUGAUUAUCGACUUGUGCAGUAUCUGCCGUUCCUAACCUCACAAUUCAUCAAUCCAGACGUCAUGCUGGACACCUCCUGCCUCUCCUUCAGGAAGUUUGUGACAGUGAUGGGUAAAUACAACUACAGUAUGACAGACUUCACUCAAGGAGACAUCUACAGUAUCAUCCAGAUGUACCUGAACACCUCUUCUGCUCCGAAAUGUUAUAAUGCGUCUAACCCUAAUCUUAACUCCACCGCCUGGUUCGCCAACUACAUCGGCGUCUUCCUGAGCUUCAUCACACUGGAUGAUCUCUUACACUUCGGCUCUUCACAGCUCCAGCCAUUCACAGUAAACCUGGAGAACCUUCAGCUCUUUAAGCAGUUCAGCAUUCCUGAUAACGUCACAGAGUUCUACAUGACUCUGUUGUUCCAGGAGAACCCGUCCUUCAGCGCCUUCUAUCUUCCAGAGAAGUUUCUCUGUCUGGCUCCUCCGAACUCCUUCCUUCAGUUGAAUAUGACGCAGUUAAUGAUCAUCUCACCAAGCGUCCAUCAGACCUGCACCACCAUACAACCUGACGUGUCGGCCGCUAUGGCGAGUAUCACCCCUGUUCUGACGGUGGACUCCAUCAUAGCUCUCAAUCAGUCGAGUACAGGUUUGAGUACAGAUCAGAUCAGUCGGACAGGAGGGGCGGUGCUUCAUAAUACUCUGUAUGUGCUCAGCGCUGUGAUUGGCUGGAAUCAAGAUCAGGCCAUGACAAUCAUUCAAACGCUGCUGUCGUCUGGAGUUUACCAGAUUAAUGAUAUGGAAAGUCUUCAGCGUUUGGGUUCAUUAAUCAUCGGAAUUUCAUCAUCAAUUAUCAACUCAAUACAAAACAAUUUUGUGCUCAACGCCGUCAAAUUACCAUCAUUCCUGACCAACGUGAUGACUGCACCUGUGAUCAUACAACAGACUAUAGUCAGCCAGAUUAUCUCUGUGAACACGGCCUCUGACACCAUCAUCACAAACGUUCCUAACGUCUUGGCGACAGAGAUCCCACGUAACUUCCUGCUGGGUGUGUCCUCCUCUUCUGCGGUGACUGUCAAUGAAAAGAAAUGGAAACCUGAGCAGGCCAUGUUGCUGUUCGAAACAGUUGCCACGGAGAUCAGCGAUCCAUAUAUCAUCUCAUUUCAGGUGUUGCAGGGUUUCACCUGUACAAGAAUCCAGAAGUUCAACCCAGAAAAAAUUCGAAGUUUAAUCAGCGGAUGCCAACGGCGCGGUAAUGACACGGUCGUCCUGCAGGAGUCACAGUUGACGUGCAUGUAUCAGUACAUUAAGAGUGGAGAUAUAAACGCGUUCUCUCAGUACCCCGCUGAACUGCUGCUCUAUUACGAAUACUCUCUGAUCGACAGAUCUCUGUGUCGCUCGUAUUUCUCUGCGCUGGGAACAGCUGAUUUCUCUGUGCUCUCCAACACACUGUCAUUCAAGAAACAAACACUCUUCAACAACGCCAGAGAGUGUCUGAAAAUCUCUGGGUUUAAUAUCAGCCGUGAGCAGCUGCAUGUUUUAGGAAUGAUGUGCUGCAUUCUGAGCACUGAUUACAUCCAGAACUCUGAUCCGUAUGUGCUGGAGAAACUCAAACAGUGUCCUGAUUUAACACAACAGCAGAUCUCUGCCAUAGAGACUGUACUGCUGACAGGAAACACAACCUACGGAUCUCCAGACACCUGGAACAAAGUCACUCUGGACAAUCUGGGAAUUCUGCCUCUGUACAUCACCUCCAACAUAUGGGACAAAAUCUCACAGGUGGACAAGCAGAAGUUUCUUAAGACGUUUAUUCGUGGACUGAGGAAGAGAGAUGUUUCAGAGACAAAGAUCGUAAACAUGGUUAAACAGUCGAGCAAAUCCUUAAGAUUCAAAAGAGCCACUGAAUGUACAGUUGGAGACAUAACGCAGGUGCAGAUUUAUAGUGAAAUUUUUCCAUUCAACUACGAUGUGACUCAGUUUAACUUCUGUUUGAGCGUCCAAAUGCUGAAGUUCAACCUGGAGGCCAUCACAGAUAAAGUCUAUGACAGAGACUUCCAGAGAAUUCUCCUCAAUAAACUCAACCAGGCGUAUCCUGAUGGAAUCCCUGAUGAGGUGCUGCAGGUUUUAGGCUCCUCCUCCCGUGCGGCCGUGCCUGAUGAUGUCAAAAAAUGGAGCGUGACGAAGAUUGACACACUGUCAUCUCUGAUGAACUCACGACAUGGAGACUGGGACCCUCAGAUGGUUCAGCUGAUCGUCAGUAAGUAUCUGAGUGUGAAUGGAAACUCUCUGGGCACUAAUGAACUGAACUCCAUCAGAGGAUCAAACCUCUGUGCACUGAACACAAGUGUGCUGAACAACAUCACCGCAGCCAGUGUGGAGCGGGCGGCUGCUCUCUCUCUCACUAACUGCACUUCAGAAAAGAAGAGGACUCUGUUUGGUAUCGCUCAGAACGCAUUCAGUGCAACAAACACACGCAGUACAGACACAGUCAGCACCACAACAUACCAGCUGAUGCAGUCUUACCUCGGUGGUGCGGAUUCUACGUUUAUUCGUAAACUUGUAAAUUCCAACGUCAACAUGGAUCUGACUACCUUCAUUGGUCUGGAGCAAAGCGUAAUCAACACGCUGAAUGUGAUCGAUGUGAAGAGUUUGUUAGGUGUGAAUGUAGCCGAUCUGAAGACGUAUGAAAGCGCAUCACAGGUGCAGGAAUGGAUUAAACUGCAGCUGCAGUCAGAUCUCGACACGCUCAAGAUCGGCCUGACGGGUGGCAGGAACUCCACCGUAACCAGUAACCCUUCCUCCACCAACAGCACGACAAAAGCGCCGUCAUCACAGAGCAGCACCGCAUCAGUCACCGGAGUGAACACUGCCACCAACUCCACCACAGCUGCCGGGUCCAGAGUUUGGGCUCCUGUCUGUCUGCAGCUGUUCCUAUUGGCUGUUCCUAUGAUGACACUCCAGCUGCUACACUGAUGACAUCACAGUCUCUGUAUUUACACUGUUAAUAUUUAAAAGUUUUUCUGCACUUUUGUUUUUCUUGAAUUCAUCACAUCUUCAAGGAUGAACUAUUUCUGUGUAUAUGAAUAAAUCAGACACAUCAGCAUGUUUUCACAGAUUCUGCAGGAUCUGGUGAGAAAAUCUGAUUCACAUCAGAAACUGCCUGUUACAGAUUCAACAAAAUGCAAUAAAUAAUCUGAUUACAUUAAACUUCA